AUGAGGAACAGUUCAACCUGCACUGAAAUAGACCUCAAGCCCUACUACGCGAUUACGUACACCUUCAUCCUGAUCCCUGGGCUCAUCGGAAACACGCUGGCUUUGUGGGUCUUUUACGGGUACAUGAAAGAGACUAAACGAGCUGUAAUAUUUAUGAUCAACUUAGCCAUUGCUGACUUAUUGCAGGUUUUGUCCUUGCCCCUGAGGAUUUUCUACUACUUGACCGGGACGUGGGAGUUUGGAGGAGGUCUCUGCAUGCUUUGCUUCUACCUGAAGUACGUCAAUAUGUACGCAAGCAUCUACUUCUUGGUUUGCAUCAGCGUGAGGCGAUAUUUGUUUCUUAUGCACCCCUUCAAAUUCAGCAACUGCAAACGCGUCUGCGACGUGUACAUCAGCAUCGUUGGCUGGGUCGUGGUCUGCAUCGGCUGUUUGCCUUUCCCGCUUCUCAGGCUUCACCCAGAAGCUAAAAACACGUGUUUUGUGGAUCUCCCCGUAACGCAAGUGGACCUUCCCAGCUCGAUCACCAUGAUGACGUUAGGUGAGUUGGUGGGGUUCGUGACACCCCUGCUCAUCAUCCUCUACUGCUCCUGGAAGACUAUCUUAUCACUCAAAGAAAAAAAUUCUGCUUCACAUGACCUCGGAGAGAAAAAAAAGGCUUUAAAGAUGAUUCUCACCUGCGCUCUGGUAUUUCUGAUUUGCUUUGGACCUUAUCACAUCAGCUUCCCGCUAGAUUUCUUUGUCAAAACCAAAAAGAUUAAAAACGAGUGCGUCCAGAGGGUCAUCUCAGUGUUUCAUGUCGUAGCAUUGUGCCUUGCCAGCCUGAACUCCUGCGUGGACCCGGUCAUCUACUACUUUACUACAGACGAGUUCAGGAGACGCCUUUCCAGGCAGGAUUUGCAGGACAGCAUCCAGCUCCACGGCCUCGGUUACUCCAGGAAGCACUCCAGAGAUGUGCUCAGGGAGGACACCACAGACUGCUAG